CCGCUCGCAGCCGCUGCGCUUUGUAGUUUCCCGGCGCCGGAGCAGUAGGACCCAGGGGCCCUCGGCAGCCACCAAUAGAGGCUGCUACUGGGAUCUAUUUGUAUGCGAUGCCUCCUGCUCCGCGCAUAAAUAGUAAUACAGAUAACGGCUCUGAAAGAAUGCUCUUCUGGAGGAGGAUUUGAUUUUUCCGGUGUCCUGAUACUGGGGAGAAAUCCGGUUCCAUCCCUCUUUUUUGACUUAAAACUCUCCCGAACAGCUUGUCGUCUUCAGCGCUCCCUCUUUCUCUCUCUCUGUAUAAAUACACCUACCCGCAGCCCCGCUCUGCGCAAGGAAAGUUGGAAAAGGGCAGCCUGGGUGAUGGGGCUGCCGCUGCCCUGAGAGCCUGCGGAGCCCGGCGGUAAAAUUUACGUUAGUACUGCUGAGCUCGUGUAAUGCAAGGAAGGACACAUCAUGAAAUGGAAACAUUAUCCUUUUUUGGUCAUAAUAGCUGCAUGCAGCCUUUCCAGAUGCCAUCACUUACUGGGUCAGCUUAUUACAGACUCCGACGACCUAGAGAGGGGAAACGACAGCGGGACACCACUCCCCACCUCUGAUAAUGGUGACAAUUCGCUGGGCUACACAGGCUCCCGUCUUCGUCAAGAAGAUUUUCCACCUCGAAUUGUUGAGCACCCUUCUGAUUUAAUUGUUUCAAAAGGAGAACCAGCGACUUUAAACUGUAAAGCUGAAGGAAGACCAACCCCAACCAUUGAGUGGUAUAAAGGUGGGGAAAGAGUGGAAACUGACAAGGAUGACCCUCGUUCCCAUCGGAUGCUGCUGCCUAGCGGAUCUUUAUUUUUCUUACGCAUAGUUCAUGGGCGCAAGAGUAGGCCAGAUGAGGGGGUCUAUGUCUGCGUGGCAAGGAAUUACCUCGGGGAAGCUGUAAGUCACAAUGCAUCGCUGGAAGUGGCAACAUUUCUAUAUCAGAAGCGAGCUGAUGAUAAGGAAGAUGCAACAGGGCCCUAUGCAGCCUCUUUAUUCUCACCGUUAAAGAGGAUAAUAGAAAUUCAGCACUUGAAUACUGCCACUGGCAGUAAAGAUUUGAAGAUCACAGUAGGAAAUAAUGUUGCUGACUUUGAUCCUCCUCAGAAGUGCUCAAUUAAAAAUGGGAUAACAUUGAAAAUCAAAAUUACACUCAAGACCAUCAGAGGAGGAAAGCUUAUGAUCACAUAUACCAGAAAGAAUGAUGCUGGCAAGUAUGUUUGUGUUGGAACAAAUAUGGUUGGAGAACGUGAAAGCGAAGUUGCAGAGCUCACUGUUUUAGAAAGACCAUCUUUUGUGAAGAGGCCAAGUAAUUUGGCUGUAACUGUGGAUGAUAGUGCUGAGUUUAAAUGUGAGGCAAGAGGUGACCCUGUUCCUACAGUAAGGUGGAGGAAAGAUGAUGGGGAAUUACCAAAAGCAAGAUACGAAAUCCGUGAUGAUCAUACCUUGAAAAUACGGAAAGUUGUGGCAGGAGACAUGGGCUCGUAUACCUGCGUUGCAGAAAAUAUGGUUGGAAAAGCUGAAGCAUCAGCAACUCUAACAGUGCAAGUUGUGUCUGAGCCUCCACAGUUUGUUGUAAAGCCUCGUGAUCAGGUAGCUGCACUGGGAAGAACAGUGACUUUCCAGUGUGAAGCAACUGGAAACCCUCAGCCAGCCAUCUUUUGGCGGAGAGAGGGAAGUCAGAACCUUCUUUUUUCAUACCAGCCCCCUCAGUCAUCCAGCCGAUUUUCAGUUUCCCAGACAGGUGACCUCACCAUCACCAAUGUCCAGAGGUCGGAUGUUGGGUACUAUAUCUGCCAGACAUUAAAUGUUGCAGGAAGUAUUAUAACAAAAGCCUACUUGGAAGUUACCGAUGUGAUUGCAGACCGGCCUCCUCCUGUCAUUCGACAGGGUCCUGUGAAUCAGACUGUAGCUGUAGAUGGUACUUUAGUACUAAACUGUGUGGCUACAGGCACUUUAAUGGCCACUAUCCUCUGGAAAAAGGAUGGGAUCUUGAUCUCUACUCAGGACUCUCGCAUCAAGCAGUUGGAAACAGGAGCACUGCAGAUCAGAUAUGCUAAGCUGGGCGACACUGGUCGGUACACCUGCAUUGCUUCAACCCCAAGUGGCGAAGCUACAUGGAGUGCUUACAUAGAAGUCCAAGAAUUUGGAGUCCCAGUGCAGCCACCAAGACCCACUGACCCAAACUUGAUUCCUAGUGCUCCAUCAAAACCUGAGGUUACAGAUGUCAGCAGAAAUACAGUAACAUUGUCAUGGCAACCGAAUUUGAAUUCAGGUGCAACUCCAACCUCUUACAUAAUUGAGGCCUUCAGCCAUGCAUCUGGUAGCACCUGGCAAACUGUAGCUGAAAAUGUGAAAACAGAGAGUUUUGCAGUUAAAGGGCUAAAACCUAAUGCAAUUUAUCUAUUCCUCGUGAGGGCAGCUAAUGCGUAUGGACUAAGUGACCCAAGCCAAAUAUCUGAUCCAGUGAAAACUCAAGAUGUUCCACCAACAAGUCAGGGUGUGGAUCACAAGCAGGUCCAGAGAGAACUAGGUGAUGUGGUACUACAUCUGCACAACCCUACUAUCCUUUCUUCCUCCUCAAUUGAAGUUCAUUGGACUGUGGACCAACAAUCCCAGUAUAUUCAAGGAUAUAAAAUCUUGUACCGGCCUACACCAGCAUCCUAUGGAGAGUCAGAGUGGUUAAUUUUUGAAGUGAGGACUCCAACCAAAAACAGUGUUAUCAUUCCAGAGCUGAAGAAAGGUGUAAACUAUGAAAUUAAGGCCCGCCCCUUUUUUAAUGAGUUUCAAGGAGCAGAUAGUGAAGUGAAAUUUGCAAAAACCCUAGAAGAAGCGCCCAGUGCUCCACCUCAGAGUGUUUCAGUAACUAAAAAUGAUGGGAACGGGACUGCAAUUGUGGUCACCUGGCAGCCACCCCCCGAGGAUAACCAGAACGGAAUGGUUCAAGAAUAUAAGGUUUGGUGUCUUGGCAAUGAAAGUCGAUACCAUAUAAACAAAACGGUAGAUGGUUCCACCUUUUCUGUAGUCAUCCCCGCCCUCGUUCCUGGUAUUCGAUACAGCGUGGAAGUGGCAGCAAGUACUGGGGCAGGACCUGGAGUGAAAAGUGAUCCCCAGUUUAUCCAAUUAGAUUCUCAUGGAAACCCUGUGUCUUCAGACGAUCAAGUCAGUUUAGCCCAGCAGAUUUCUGAUGUAGUAAAACAGCCUGCCUUUAUUGCUGGAAUUGGUGCAGCCUGUUGGAUUAUCCUCAUGGUCUUCAGCAUCUGGUUAUAUCGCCACAGGAAGAAGCGAAAUGGACUCACUAGUACUUACGCUGGUAUCAGAAAAGUCCCGUCUUUUACCUUCACACCAACAGUAACCUAUCAGAGAGGAGGAGAUGCCGUAAGCAGUGGAGGCAGGCCAGGUCUCCUAAACAUCAGUGAACCAGCCACGCAGCCAUGGCUAGCAGAUACUUGGCCUAACACAGGGAACAACCACAAUGACUGCUCCAUCAACUGCUGCACCUCUGGCAACGGAAACAGUGAUAGCAACCUUACAACAUACAGUCGACCAGCCGAUUGUAUAGCAAAUUACAACAAUCAGCUGGACAACAAGCAAACAAACCUGAUGUUGCCUGAGUCAACUGUAUAUGGUGACGUGGACCUAAGCAACAAAAUCAAUGAGAUGAAAACCUUCAAUAGUCCAAAUCUAAAGGAUGGAAGAUUUGUCAGCCAACCUGGGCAGCCCACUCCAUAUGCCACCACUCAACUCAUCCAGUCAAAUAUCAGCAAUAAUGUUAACAAUGGCAACGGGGAUACGAAUGAGAAACACUGGAAACCCUCUGUUCAGCAAAAGCAAGAGGUUGCACCCAUACAGUACAACAUUAUGGAGCAAAACAAAUUAAACAAAGAUUACCGGGUAAAUGACAGCAUUGCUCCAACAAUUCCAUACAACCAGUCAUAUGACCAGAAUACAGGUGGAUCCUACAACAGCUCGGAUAGAGGCAGUAGCACAUCUGGGAGUCAAGGGCACAAGAAGGGUGCUCGGACUCCAAAGGCUCCCAAGCAAGCUGGCAUGAACUGGGCAGAUCUUCUUCCACCCCCUCCAGCACAUCCACCUCCCCAUAGCAAUAGUGAAGAUUACAGUCUUUCAGUGGAUGAAAGCUAUGACCAAGAAAUUCCUUGUCCAGUCCCACCUGCGAGGAUGUAUCUGCAGCAGGAUGAGCUAGAGGAAGAGGAAGAAGAUGAGCGAGGUCCUACUCCACCUGUUCGAGGAGCAGCUUCCUCUCCAGCCGCUGUCUCCUAUAGCCAUCAGUCAACUGCCACUCUCACUCCCUCUCCCCAGGAAGAACUCCAGCCCAUGUUACAAGACUGUCAGGAGGAUCUGGGACACAUACAACACCAGCCUGACCGGAGACGUCAGCCUGUAAGUCCUCCACCCCCUCCAAGGCCCAUCUCUCCACCACAUACGUAUGGAUAUAUCUCAGGGCCCUUGGUCUCUGAUAUGGAUACUGAUGCACCAGAAGAGGAAGAGGAUGAGGCAGAUAUAGAGGUUGCCAAGAUGCAGAAUAGGAGACUCCUUUUGCGUGGCCUUGAGCAGACACCUGCCUCAAGUGUUGGGGAUUUGGAGAGCUCUGUAACAGGGUCCAUGAUCAAUGGCUGGGGUUCAGCUUCUGAAGAAGAUAACAUCUCAAGUGGGCGGUCUAGCGUUAGCUCUUCAGAUGGAUCAUUUUUUACUGAUGCAGAUUUUGCACAGGCUGUUGCAGCAGCUGCAGAAUACGCUGGUCUGAAAGUAGCCAGACGUCAAAUGCAGGAUGCUGCAGGAGGCCGUAGACAUUUUCAUGCAUCACACUGUCCUAGACCAACCAGCCCUGUCUCUACCGACAGCAACAUGAGUGCUGUUGUAAUACAGAAGGUCCGACCUGCCAAAAAGCAAAAGCACCAGCCAGGACAUCUGCGCAGAGAAGUCUACACAGAUGACUUGCCACCCCCUCCUGUGCCACCUCCAGCUAUAAAAUCACCAACCGCUCAGUCCAAAUCACAGCUGGAGGUGCGGCCUGUCAUGUUGCCAAAACUGGCUUCUGUAGAACCAAGGACAGACAGAUCUGCAGAAAGGAAAGGAGCAAGCUACAAGGGGAGGGACGGAGUGGAUGGGAGACAGCAUUCAGAUGUCCGGGCAAAUUCAGGAGAGCGGAGAGAAUCACAAGAACAGCAAAGUGAUGGGAAAUUGCGAGGAAAUAAAACACCAAAACGAGAAGGCACACCAGCAAAAACUCAUCUUCUUCAAGAGGACAUCCUGCCGUAUUCUAGACCAACAUUUCCGACAUCAAAUAAUCCUAGAGAUCCUAGCUCCUCCAGCUCUAUGUCUUCAAGAGGAUCAGGAGGUAGACAGAGGGCAGAUCAAGCAAAUAUAGCCCGAAGGAAUGUUGCAGAAAUGCAAGUACUGGGAGCAUAUGAACAAGAAGAAGAAGAAGAAGACGAGAUGGAGGAAACAGAAAGCUGAAGACAACAACAUGUACUGUAACAGGCUUUUAAAAUCUAAUCAGAAAAAUAAAAUCACUUAAGAUGCCUCAAGUCUGAUGAUGUUUGACGCCAGAAAUAAUGUUCAGUGCAAUCAGAGUGUACAAUUUUUCAUUUUUCUUCAUGCCAUCAGAAUGCUAGUUUUUAUUUUACUCUUUCUUUGUAAACCCUCCUUAUUAGGAAUGGCUGUUGCCUAUUCCCUAAUGCAAAGUGCAUCACCUUUGCUGCCUAAGAAGGCAGGUAAGCUGCUCUUCAUGAUACUUAGGCCAGCUGCUUCUUCAGGAUUUGAGCAGAAGCCUGGGAUCCCCGGAUCUCUUCCCUGAGAGUCAGUGCUUAGUACACUACUGGUACACCAGUGAGCCAAUCAAUAGUAUUACAAGUAAUACAGCAUUGGUUAAAUAGUUCCCCAAAGAACAUCAUGCAGAGCAUUCUUUUAUUCUAGGGAUUUUACUGUAGUCUGCAGUUAGCGCAAAUGACAUCCUGCAAUUUCAGCAAAGACUGUAUCUUGGUUUUUGCCAGUCUUCUGCUAACUUUUUGCAGCAGAUACAGUUUUACAAAUACACGUGAAAUCAGUUUGAGAUGAGGUGGCUCUUAUUGUAAAUACCUACUCAUUUUAAAGCCCCUGUGGUACUUUAAUUUGUCUUUCCAUUUUCAUCAUUAAGUACAUUCUUAUUAAAAAUGUCCCUCGAGAUGGGCGGGAGAUAAGCCAAUGUUAAUGCUGUUUGUCUAAUUAUGGCAUGAGCAAGUUUAUCUGAAACUUUUCUAAUUCUCCGCCUCAACAAUGGUUAUGAAAAUAAGCAAGAAAAUCAGUGGACAUUUUUAAUAAAGAUCGGAUAAUGUCAUUAACUGUUACUGGCCCAAAUCUCAGACCUCUACUUGUGUCAAUUCACCUUAAAGAAGAAGUGCCACUUAAACAAGUUUAGUUUGAUCUUGGCGAUUAUGGGUUUGUUUUGUUUUGUUUUGUUUUUGUUUUGUAAUGCACUGCUUAUUUUUUUAUUUUUUUUUUUUGGUUUUAAAAGCACAAUCACUAAACUUUAUUUGUAAACCAUUGUAACUAUUAACCUUUUUUUUUUUUCUUAUUGAAAAUGUUAAGCAUUUGGGAUAUUUUUCAUCUUUUUUGUUAAUGUUCUAUGUUUGUAUUGGGAAUAUUUGAAUGAUGACAGAUGGUAAAGUAACAAACCUAAAUGUGGGCCAUAAUCAGAACACUUUUCACUUUUCCUGGACUUACAGAAAAAUUCUCAAUUUUGUUGUGGCCUCUCAACAUUGGAUUAUUAUCAUUAAAGCUGAAAUAGAGGCAUUAGUUGCAUUGAAUUUGCCAAAUGAUGUCCUCUGUCUGUAGAUUUUAUGAUCUUUUUUGUAAUUAUAAAAUUUCUUUGUCAUUGGUGCUAAUGGAAAAAUGUGUGUUUGUUUAUUGACAGCUAUCAGGACUAGCCCCAAUGGAAAAAAAAAAAAAAAAAAAAAAAAAAGUGUUUUGGUGUUUACCAGGGACUGAAAUUUUUCAUUUAGCUAAUUUUUAAAGAAAGGUUACAUAGAAAGGAUGUGCAGUACUAAAGGAACAAUCCACGUGAUUAAUGUUUUCAUUAUGUUCAUGUAAGAAACCUCAUAUUUUAGCCAUAAUUUUGCAUACUGAGGAUCCAAUAAUCAGAAAAGUAAUUUUUGUCACAUUAUUUAUUAAAAAUGUUCUCAAAUACAAAA